CGACCGGCAAUGGCGGCGCUGGGGGCGGCCCGGGACGCGGCCACGGCCACGGGUGGCGGCGCGGCGCCGUUCGCGUUGCGGCAUCUGCACUUAUCGCUGCGCGUGGGCUUCGCGGCCGCGGGUGCGGGGCGGCUGCGCGGGGCCGCGCGGUUGGAGCUGCGCUGCGUGCGCGCCGGGAGCGGGGAGCUGGUGUUGGACGCGCACCCCGCGCUGUCCGUGCUCGGAGCGCGGCUGCUGCCGCCCGGCGGGGCCGGGGAAGGGGAAGGGGAAGGGGAAGGGCGGGAGCUGCGCUUCGAGAGCCGCCCGUUCGCCAGCUAUGGCACCGCGCUGCACCUCGCGCUGCCCGAAGAGCCGCGGCCCGGGGAGCUGCUGGUCGUGCGCAUCGACUACGAGACGGGAGAGGGGCCCGGGGUGUCCUGGCUGGACUCCUCCCAAACGGCCCAGAAGGAGAAACCUUUCCUCUAUACCUCUGGCUUCCCUGUGCUCAACAGAUCCUUCUUCCCCGGCUUCCACACCCCUGCCAUGAAGAGCACCUACACGGCACAGCUCCAGGUCCCCGAGGGUUUCACGGCCGUGAUGAGCGCCACAACCUGGGAGAAGCAGAAAGAUAAUACCUUUGUCUUCAAGAUGGAGCACCCCAUCCCCUCGUACCUGAUUGCCCUGGCUGUGGGGGACAUUGUGUCUGCUGAGGUUGGCCCGAGGAGCCGAGUCUGGGCCGAGCCCUGCCUGAUCGAGGCUGCCAAGAAGGAGUACGAUGGGGUGAUCGAGGAGUUCCUGGCCGUGGGCGAGAAGCUCUUUGGGCCCUAUGUUUGGGGCAGGUACGACGUGCUGUUCAUGCCGCCCUCCUUCCCCUUCGGUGGGAUGGAGAACCCCUGCAUCACCUUCGUCACGCCCUGCCUGCUGGCCGGGGAUCGCUCCCUGGUGGACGUCAUCAUCCACGAGAUCUCCCACAGCUGGUUUGGCAACCUGGUCACCAACGCCACCUGGGGCGAGUUCUGGCUGAACGAGGGCUUCACCAUGUAUGCCCAGAGGCGCAUUUCCACCGAGGUCUAUGGUUCAGCCUACACCUGCCUGGAGGCUGCGACGGGCCGGGCCCUGCUGCGCCAGCACAUGGACACCACUGGGGAGGAGCACCCACUGAACAAACUGCGGGUGGUGAUUGAGCCAGGUGUCAACCCGGACGACACGUACAACGAGACUCCCUAUGAGAAGGGGUUCUGCUUCGUCAGCUACCUGGCACACCUGGUGGGGGACCAGGGCAAGUUUGACACCUUCCUGCAGGCCUACGUGGAGAAGUUCAAGUUCCAGAGCAUCACUGCAGACGAUGCCCUCAAUUUCUUCCUGGAGUUCUUCCCUGACCUGAAGAAGCAAAGCGUGGAGUCUCGCCCAGGUCUGGAGUUCGAUCGCUGGCUCAACACGCCAGGCUGGCCGCCCUUCCUGCCCGACCUGUCCCCGGGGCAGCAGCUGAUGAAGCCGGCGGACGAACUGGCAGAGCUGUGGGCAUCUGAUGGCCUGAACAUGGAGAAGAUCGAAGCUGUGGACAUCUCAGCCUGGAGGACGUACCAGCUGGUCUACUUCCUGGAUCGGAUCCUGCAGAAGUCGCCCCUGCCUGAUGGCAACGUGGAGAGGCUGAGCGCGAUGUACCCGAAGAUUUCCAAGGCCCAGAACGCGGAGCUGCGGCUGCGCUGGUGCCAAAUUGUCCUCAGGAACAACCACGAGCCUGAGUACGGCAAGGUGAAGGCGUUCCUGCACAGCCAGGGGAAGCAGAAGUACACGCUGCCGCUGUACCGCGCCAUGUGGGGCGGCUCGGAGGCUGCCCGAGCGCUGGCCAUGGAGACCUUCUCAGCCACAGCCCCCCAGCUGCACGUCAACGUCCGCAACUACGUCAAGAAGAUCCUGGGCUUGGAGGGGAGCGACUGACUGCGCCCGCAGCCCCGUCCCUGCCCUCCUUCUGCAGGCUGCUGAGCUCUCACUGCACGUUUCCUUAUUAAACGCGGCUGUUUUUACCACUCUGUGCUCCUGCUCUUCUCAGCGAGCUUCAGCGUGAAGCCCCGGUACUCCUGGGGCCUGGUGAUGCCUGCACCACACUGGGGAGGGAGAGGCAAUGCCGGGCUCACAGCUCCGACCUGCACCCACCUGGGGCUGGAUGUGCCCUGCAGGACCCCCAGCACAGCAGGGAUGGGUGCUGGAGCACUGGGACGGGUCCUGGCUGCAUCCCCCUCAGGCACUGCAAAGGAUGAUGUGGGGAUCCUUUCCCUGCAGGGCUCGGGGGGGGGCACAGCUGAACCCUGAGUCUGCAUGGCUUUGUCCACCUGCAUUUCACCACGGCCGGGGCUCUGUUUGAGGCUGGGGAGGGCACACUGUGCCUGAGUGGGACAGGGCCGUUCAGCAGUGAUGCCCCACAGACGCAGGGCUCAGGGAUGGAGCAGCAGCAGAACAGCUCCUAAGCCUGGUGCUUAAUGCAGGGAACGGCUGGAAGACAUUUCUGAGCAGCGAUGUAAUGGAAGUGGGGCUCCGUCCCAUCCGCAGCCUAAUGGGCUUUUAGAGAGAAGCGUUCCAUCAGGAGGAAAACCUGCUCUGGUGAGCAGCCAGGCACUAACAGCAAACUGCACAGCGAGGAGCAGCAAACACACACUGACACAAACAGGAGCCACGUGCCCAACUGGAACCAACUGGUGCGUUUUGCUGGGAUAAAUCCCACGGAGGAUGGAGAAGGAUGCAAGUCAAACAUGCCCAGAGGGCUACAAAGAGCCAGCAUGGCCUACAUACAGGGGAGGCGAGGGAGAGGACAAGAGGCAAAGCAGGCAGCCAUGCUGUUAAUUGGUCCUCAUCAAGGGCAAGGAAAAGAACAAGUUCCCCAGUGCCAAAAUCCAGCACAAAGCUGCCCAUGUUGGCACCACAACCCCGGGCCCAGGACUGAGCCAAAGCCACCUCUGACACCGACAGCUGCACGCCCAGCACCAAGUGUGCAGAGACCACACGUGUCAUCACUGAUGUGCUCAGGAAUACAUUCCAAAUUCCAAACAGUUACAGAAAACAGAGUCAAUCGGGCUGUUACUGCAUGGAUGAGGUCACCCUGCUCUUCCUUACCAGGCUGUGCACAUUUGGAAAACUGGUGUCCUCUAGUGGAUUCAGCAUUGCUGAAAAGAACUUCUGGAAUUAUCACAGGUUGUAGCUUAGAACCUCCCUCUGUGGGGGCAUUGUCUGCUUUCCCAGCAAAAUGUGGAUUGUUGGUACAAUUACCACAACCCCUGGCUGGUUCAUUCCCUCUGAAGCACCUGGAAGCAAUCCCCCAGCUUGAGGAGUGCUUGGCUCUCAUUUAUCUGCCACCUGUGGUUUGACUCACCCAAACAAACCCAUCAGCUGGGGGGAUCAGGUGGUCCCCAGCGCCCUGGGUGCCCUCAGCACAGCUCACAUGUGCACAGCCUGGGCUGGGACUGCUGGGCCGUGCUGCCCAUUCAGGACUGGGACUGACUGGGAACGGUGCUCUGCCUCCAUCCACCUUCCUGCAAAGGCAACAGCCAACCAAGAGCUUCAAAUGAGAAACAAG